UCUGGGCGCCCCACCCAGGCCGCAGGUGGCUGUGGGGAGGUCUGAGUGUUCUGCGGCUGGAGAUGUGCGAAUGGCAGGGACCCUGGCGUCCGAAGGUGGAGCGUCCAGCCCCCGCCCCUGCGCGCGCCCGCCCGCUCUGGACCGCAGCGCCGCCGGCUGGGACCACGGGGCUCUGUGCGCCUAUCGAGUCGCGAGCACCAACGGGGCGAGGAGGCUGGUGUGAGCGUCUGGGCCAGCUGCCAGCGCGCCGGGGCUGGAACACAAUGUCCCAGGCGGGCGGGCGCGAGCGAGAACAGCCUGACUCAGCAGCUGGCAGGCCCCGUGAAGCCUGCUGCCCAGCCUUGGAUCGGCUGCCUCCUCCUCCGUGUGCUGCUGCUGCCGCCUCCCAUGGCCCAGAGCAGGACUGUCCGGGAGGGCGGGGGCGUCUCAUGCCCUGGCCUCCUGCGAUGUCUGUGAGAUGCCCAGAGGGACGUCCUGUGCCUGGAGAGUGUGCCAGCCAGGCAGGGAGGGGCGCUGUCCCCUGCCAGGUUCCAGGAAGGCCUUGGCAGGCCCAUCUGAUGGCACCACUGGCACACUGUGUCACCAGAGAUGCAGAAAUGGACACCUACUUGGAUCUGAGCCACAUACCACCUUCUCCUCCUUCCUACACAUGCUGUCACUGGCCCGCCUUCACCAAAUCCUCAGGAGGAAGGUCCCUUUGCUGUCUUCUACACCCACCUUUAGCCUGACAAAUGACAUCUGUUGAUGGUAUCCUGGGUCAGUGACUGCUCAGAGGCUGUGACCAGACACUCUCUGAAGGCGGCCUAUGGCCCUCCCAGUUCUCACCUGUGGGACACCUUCCAUCCCAUAGCCCAAAUGUCACUGAGCUCAAUCUCCUGCCCUCACACCAACCACUCCCUACUGACCACUAUGACCCUCUUUGUCCCCCCAAAUCACUUCAUUAAAAUUUAACUUCGUCCUCACUUCUGUGUCCUCUCUGCUCCCAAAUUCUGCACACUCUCCCUUUGGUUGCUUUUAUUUUAAAAUGCAUUGCUGCUUCUCCUCCAGCCCCCGACAUUCCACCUUUAGCCCAAAUUGCCAUA